GUUUUUGAAACCAAAAGAGGAAGUUAAUAUAUUGUUUGGAAAAAAUAAAAUCACAAACUACGUAGACAUUUAAAUUUUAGUUUUCUGUAAAUUUACCAGGAUGUUUCAUACACCAGAUUACUACCACAAUAUAUCCAUGAGACUGUCUGCAGUCCUGGAUGAUAUUGGAGUAAAUGAAAAUAUUGUGCUGAAGAGGAGGAGGACAGCUUUACUGAAUGAAACUAUGCAGACAAUCCGUAUCAGAGCAAAUGGUGAACAAAGUACCGGUACUGUUUAUAACUUAGGCAGUCAAUCAGAAGGCACAACAACACAAGGACUGCAAUCAGAUAGUGAUACACUUGGCUGUAUGGAUGAUAACAUUGUGAUACAGGACUUGUCUGAGUGGACUCCAAGUAAAUAUAACUUCCUGAUGAUCCAAAAUGAAACAACACCACCUGGUUAUUGCCGUCUACAGUUACUUAGACCUAAUGCUCCACUUCCUCUUACACAUCAAACAGACAAUGACUUUGUAACGGAUACACAAGGACGGAUCUUGCUGAAGAACACAAUAAUUGAUACUGUCAUAGAAGAAGGAGAACAGCGACAAGGACCAUCACUUGCAUCAGCUGCAAAACUAGGUUUUCUUGCUAGUGACUCUGUAUUAGCAUAUCCUUGUAAAUCAUGGCCCCAGUCACCAAGAGCUUGGCUACACCAGCAAGAAACAAAUGCAUGGCCAACAGCAGAAAUGAAGAGAUAUGCAAAAUCAACAGAGUGUUUUGUUGUUGGUGUUGGCAGCAGAGCAAGUGAAAAUGCAGCCAUUGAAUGGAGACUUUCUACCUCAUUAGCUGAACGCUGCUUGGUGUUCAGUUUGAAUAUUACUCAGAUAAAAUGUUAUAUCUUAAUGAAAAUGAUUCUUAAAACAUACAUUAAUGUUGAAAGUUACAUUUCAAGUUUCAUGUGUAAAACUGUUUUAUUUCACUGUAUAGCAAGUAAACCUCUAUGUGUAUGGAAGGAGUGUAAUAUAUUUAACUGUUUAAAUUACUGUCUAUUUACACUGAACAAUUGUUUAUUGAAUGAACAUUGUCCCCAUUUCAUUGUUCAUGAAAACAAUUUAAUGGCAGGAAAAUUUUCUGCUGAAAUCAAACAGCAGUUACUUGAAAUAAUGUCAACUUUGAUACCAUUUGAUGGCAUUUCUCUUUGUGGAAUUCAGAUUGACAACCUUGGUGAAAGACUUCAGAUUAAGUUCAAUAUGAUAAAUGAAGUACAUCAUGAUAUACAACAGCCAGAUGAGUACACAAUGGUUGUAACGAGUUAUUUAUUACAAAAUAUAGCUCAAGUUGUUUUAAAAAUCGAGAAGGUAGGAGAUAGAAAUUUAGAAACACUAUUACCUAAAGUGAUACAACUAGAAAGAUACUACAGAGCUGGUGACAUUUUAGGAAAGACAGACAGCAUGCAGACUUCUAAUACCUCUGCUCUGUACCUCAAUAGGAUCUCUGAUAGCUCACAGAACAUUCAAAUUAACAGCACAGUUUCUCCUCAAGCACUUAGAUGGAUUGAAGCUGGACUGGACUCAGAUGUUGCUUCAAGCAGACUAAAACUUGCAUCUAUAAUGUUCUGUGCAGGCAAUGCAGAAAUAACUGCUUCAAUUCUUUCUCAUAUAGAAGAACAAUAUAAAAUAGAAGUUAUCGAGCCCAUAUGUUACUGCUAUAAUUUCAAUACACAUUACAUUAAGGGAGGAUUUUGUCAACUUUCUAGUCAAUAUGGUGUAGAAGCUUUAAAACAUAUUGUUGCAUUUUGUGUAAAAUUUUUCACUUCGGAAAUAAACUGUGUACCACAUGAACUUCAGUUUGAAAUGUUUAGGUCAACACAAGAGGACCUGCUACAUAGAGGUAGAGGUGAUGACUGGAUGGACGGUGCUGUAGUAGACUCACUUCCAUACCUUUAUUUUCUACAAUACAAGACAUACAGUUUCCUACAGAGACCCGAGGAACAGCAACAAGCACUAAACAAACUUGGGUGGGUCAUUAGAACAGAGCACAACCUUGGACACAGAGAAACAGCACUGAAUUUACUAGGACAGUGCAUGGAACAGGAGAACAGACAUGUUGAUGCUCUACAAUGUUACAUGUCAUCUUUACACCUCAGAGAAAGAAACAAUGCUGCUAGAUUUCAUAUAUGCAGGUGUUUGGCUAAUACAAUCUCAUAAAGAUCUACCUACCUGAACUGACUGACAAUUCUGAUUUUCAACUAACACAAUGACUGAAAUACUUCACAUUUUAAAACAAGAGCUGUCACUACUGGUGACAAAUGCCCCUGAAACAUGCCCAAGAAUGAUACAGCUGUAGGCGUAAAAAAUCACACAUCAUUUCGUGACCUUGACAUUGACCUAAAAGACCCGGGUUAUUAUAAGCGUGACAGAUAUUCUCAAUAUGGUUAACAUUUGUUUAAAAUUAUUUUCAAAUCCCUGAUAAAUGGCAGAGUUAUGAAUCAGACAAGAAAAAUCUUUGACUUCUCAGUGUGACCUUGACCUUGGAGCUAGGGAUCUGGGUCUUGUGCAUGACAGGUCAUCUCAUUAUAGGGAAAAUUUAUGCCAAGUAAUUUCAAAAUCCCUUCAUUGAUGGCAGAGUUGUGGACCGUACAAGCAACAGACCCUGUUAACCUUUAACCUCUAAGUGUGACCUUGACCUUAGAACUAUGGGUCUGAAUCUUGCGCACGACACUGCAUCUGAUUAUGAGGAACAUUUAUGCCAAGUAAUUUCAAAAUCCCUUGAUGAAUGGCAGAGUUAUGGACCGGACACGAAACAGACCCUGUUAACAUUUGACUUCUAAGUGUGACCUCGACCUUGGAGGCAGAGAUCUGAAUCUUGCGCAUGACAUGUCGUCUCAAUAUGGUAAACAUUUAUGCCAAGUUAUUUGAAAAUCCCUUCAUGGAUGGCAGAGUUAUGGACCGGACACGAAACAGACCAUGAUAACCUUUGACCUCUAAGUGUGACCUUGACCUUGGAGCUACGGGUCUGGGUCUUGCGCACGACACGUCAUCUCAUUAUGGUGAACAUUUACGCCAAGUAAUUUCAAAAUCCCUUAAUGGAUGAAAGAGUUACAGCCCGUACAAGAAUUAACCCGACGCACGGACACGCUGACACACGGACAGACAGAUGGACAGUGCGAUUUUAAUAUGCCCACCUUCGGGGACAUAAAAAGCUAUUAUUCUUGUUAUAAGCCAGUGAGCUUGUUAUGAGCCAAAGACCCCACAGGAGAUAAGUUGAAGAACUUUAUCGGUUAUCCUGUGGUAUAUAUAAUUAUGUCUCUAAAUUUAUAUAUGUUAUAAAAGGGUUAGUUUUUUUUUGUUUGCUUUUUAAAUCAAUUAGAGAUAUAACAUGUAGCUAUUUCUGUGAUACAAAUUGAAUUUUUGCUUGUAUUGGAGUUGUUCUUAAUGUGAUAUUUGUAAUGUUUGUAAUCAUGACAUAUAUAUUCACGAAUAAAUCUAUCUAUCUAUCUA